CUGAAAACCGUUGAGGAUGGCAGCUGGAGGGUAGUGGAGAGAGGCAGCUGUGUGAGGUGUCUUGAGGGCUGCGGUUAGAGGAUUUGCAGGGGGGCAGGGUGCUGGUUACUGGCAGGGAGAGCUGCAGGAGGACAGGUGCUUUUUGGGGACAUGUUUGUUGAGAGAGAUGAGAGCGUUUCUGUGACAGAGCGAAGGAGAAAAAGAAAAGGCUACCGGAGGAGUGAACAGGAGCUCGCUCGCUAGAGAGAGGUUUUAGCCGGAUGGAGCUUGAGCUGAGCAGAGGAAGUUGGCUUGAAGCCAAUCAAACUUUUGCUUGAGGGGAGCACGGCUAGGGUACGACUAUGGUGCUGAAGGUUGAUCUAGGGUGUAAACGCUGCUACAGGAAGAUCAAGAAACUGCUCUGUAAAUUUCCUGAAAUACAAGAUCAGACUUUCAUUGAGAAGGAAGACACCGUGAGAAUCAAAGUAGUAUGCUGCUGCCCUGAGAAAAUCAGAACGAAGCUUAUCUGCAAAGGUGGCCAUUCCAUCAAGAGUAUCGAGGUUAUAACACCCGUGAAUCCAAAACUUCCAGCUGACAAGCCAAAAAAGACUGGCGAGAAUCAAAAACCUGCAGAAGGCAACCCAAAUAAGACUGAUGAUCAGAAGCCACAGCAAAAGAAAAAGCCACAGCAAUCACCAGAAUAUCCGACUGGAGUGUGCUGUAAGUCAUGCUAUGAGGGACGUCGUGGUGGCCCCUGCUACCAUGAAUAUGGAAUUCCGCACCAACCACCAUCUUAUGAUGGAUAUAUAAGGCUAGUGCCAUCCUAUGAUGGCUGGGCUUCUGGGUGUCGCUGUGACAGAAGCUAUGGUUGCCGCUGUGAAAUCGUUAUUGAAGAAAAUCCCACAUGCACCAUCCUGUGAAUCAUACUCCAUCGUGAUUGUCGUUGUCUGGUGUUUUUAAUUCCUUUUCUCAGUUGGGUGUUGAGUCGGUGAUCAGUUCUUUUGGGUUCUUUUCUCGUCCACAACAUCAAGGCUGUAUAGGCCAAUAAUGUUUGUGGACUAAUAGAUGUUGAUUUCAUCCUUA